AUGAACAUUUCGUUUGUUGCAUAACAAUCUUGUAAGAAAGGUGUUGAACAUAUUAAAAUUGCCGCGCUUAAAAUAGCAUUUAGAAUGCUGAAGCAAAACAAUCCUCAUUAAAUGGAUUUGAAUAGAUCGCCAACAUUAAUAUAACCAAUUAGCUUAUACUCUGGAAAAUAAUCAAGUCAGGAGGCUCAAAUAUAAUAAAGAGAGGAUUUUGAAUAAGAGUCUAAGAAAUCAAAAUAAUUGACAUUUCUUUAAACAAAAGUAAGAUCAUCAACGACUCCUUAAUAAGUAUAAAUAAAGAUUCGAAUUAGGAUAUUUUAAGAUAAUAAGAAAAAGAUGAGAUUUUAGACAAUGACGUAUCAGUGAAUUAAUCAGAAUAGAAAGAAGUCACAAAAUUAAAAAAGAAAUCAUUUAUUUAAAAUAGAGACCCGCAAUAAGAGCUUUAAAGUCAUAGAUAAUCAGAGCAUCCAUUUCUGAAAUUUGGAGAUGUAUUUGUUAUAAAAACAAACGUUACAAUGUCUGGCAAGUAAUCAGAUGUACUGUUCCAUGAAUUGAUAUUAAUAGGGAAUUUAAAAUAUUCAGGUUCAAUAAAUUGUGUAAAUAUGUCAAAUCAAGUCAUCAAUAAUCCAUAUUCGCAUUAACAGAAAUGUUUUUUUACAAUUCGUAACCCAAGGACAAUAAAAAAUGAUUAAAGUCACAUUUGUUAUGGUUAACGAAUAGUGUUAGUGAAUAUAAAGUCUAAAUUGAGUGUGAUGAUUAACUUGGAUAUGCCGUCUUAAGAGAGAGGUUCAUUUUCUGUUAAUCUAUCAUCUCAAAUAGGACAUUAGAAUAUAUUAAGAAUAAUGCCGAGUUCGAGUGCAAAGAAAGUAGGAGAUAAAAUUUAGUAUAAUGAUUAAUUAUUCUUUUAAUAAGAUUCAAAUAGGUAAUAUUUUUUAAAACUCGAGAAGGAUGAAUCCAGAUAUUCGAGCAAUAAAUUUAUUGAUAUCAAUGCAAGUGAUUGUCCUGACAGUUUUUAACUUCACAAGGUAAAACAUUAUCAAAACAACAUUGUGUAAAUAAUUCACUAACAAUCCUAAAUUGCUGUUGGAACAAGUGAAAAAUAGUUACUGUCAUUUAUUGCAAAUAAGACCGCUCUGAUUACCAGUGGAACUAAUGAUUAACAGCAAUCACAAUAGGAAUCAUUUGCAUUAAGAACUCUAGAUCUUAACAAAUACUUAGUUUAAGACUAUGAAGCAUUAUCUAGUAAUCUACUUAACUCAUAUACCUAUUUUGAAAUUUAGCCAAUUUAUCCAUUCACUGAAUAGUUGGAAUAACCUAAUGCUUGCAAACUAAAAUCUCUUUUCACACAGUAAUAUUUAACUGUAGACCCCAAUGAUGAAAAAAGAUUAAAGUUGACAUCAGGAUAUGUUUAGGAUGAUUAUAGUGUAUUUUACAUAAAUCCUGAACAGACUGGUCAAUAGGAGUCUAAUGAAUAAAUAGUUAGUAUUUAAAGUGCCUUAGGAACUUAUUUAUGUUUAACUUAGAAUGCCAAAUUUUAAUUUUAGCAAGUUUAAACUGAUUAGUCUCCUUAGUUAUUUUCAGUCAAGUCUAUUGAUGUUUAAUCCUCUAAUAUUUUGGAGGACUUUAAUGAAAUUUAAAUGAGAAUUCUGAAUUUUCAUGUGUAUUUAUAAUAAUGGUCAAUAGUGUAAGAUAAAAGAAAAUAAAAUGACGAUAUUGUUUUAUUUGAUUACUUGAAAUCUCUAUCAUAGAAAUCUUAAUUAGAACAAGAAGUGUAUCAUUUACAAUUAUAAUUGGAUAAUCUUAAUAGUCUUUUGACAAUUAAGCCGAAUGAACAUGAGAUAAAUAAUAACAACUAAAUAAAUUAUGUCUAGAAAUAAAAAGUGAUGAGAGAAUAGAAAAUAUUGGAACUCUUAUUUUCAUUAUUGAAAUUAAUAGAUAAUAUUGUGUUUACAUCUUAGAAGGUGUUUAGAGAGAAGGACCGAAGUCGUCUCUAUAAAACAGAUCGCCCACUCCCAUCUCAGUAAUCAGCAGUAUUAUAUUUUUAAUCACUUAUAGUCUUAUAUUGCAUUCAAAAUCUUAGCAUCUAUGCCAAUUUAAAUUUAUAGAAUAAUCUUGCUAUCAAUUAAGAAUAACUCAAUCAAUAGAAGAAUUGCAUUGGAUAAUGAUGAAUUCCUAUGCUAAUAAAUAAGGAGUUAUGGUCCACAAGUAGCUGCUAUUUUAAGAGAGGCAGUGCGAGAUUAGCCUAAUAUUGACUUAGCAGACUGGGUUAAAUUAUUGGAGCCACUUAAUGAAAUCGGAAAUAACAUUUAUGACAUGACUAUUUACUUGAAAAUCAUUUCGAUUGCCAUGGUUGAUUCAAAUAAUCAAGGAAUAAUCCGAUAUCAAAAGAAAGUAUGCAAGGAAUUGUUUUCAUAAGGAAAGAGUGGGAAAACUAAAUUUCUAUGUUAAUUUAAUAUCACUCAAUCAAAACCAACCUUUACAUUAUUCAGGGAAGAAGCUUUAGCAGAUUUUCUGAUAAAAAAUCCAUCUUUAUCAUAAUUGCAUUUAAUUCGACCGUCUGAAAACAAUGAAAUUGAAUUAUUCUCUUUAGAAGAACUGGGGGAAAAAAUACUCUAUAAAAAAUCAUUAUUAUAAUUCCUGAGUUACUUAACUGCAUGUGUGAAUCUUUUGGCUCAUCUUUGCAAAGGGAGGAAUAAAAAAUGCAUGAAAAAGGUUAAAUAACUUGGUAUAUCAUCCAAUCACAUCUAACAAGUUAUAAAAUCAACUUUAAUUCCAUUAUCUAUGAAAAAUAGCUAUCUAAAACUUUAUGAAGUUUUAUACAUAGAUAUAGAUCCAUUUCUACCAAUAGAUUCUCAAACUUGUUUCAUUUGGGGAUAAUUAUAAAUGGAAAAAGACAAAAAGAUAGCCUAAAUUUUCAAUCAUUAAAUUGAACCGACAGAAGUUGAAAGAAUUAUAAAGGAGUUUGAGGAUAAAAUGUUACCGUUGCUUUUUGAAUUGUUAACUAUAGGACAGAGUUUUUAGGAAGGAUUGAUUCAGGUUAAAAAAAAGAAAAUGUAUGUUCGCCUUCCUUCCAUGAGUUCUAAUUCAGUUUCAACUGAGAAAGUUGAAUAGAAAAGCAAAGUUUCAUAAAAAAUUAAAUUCUUAACAACUCUCUAUCAUCUAAUAUAUAAAAUCAUAAAAUUUGGAUAUUUAACAGAAGAACAAAUUUGCAACAUUGUCAAACCGAUGCUUUAAAUUUUUGUGCCCUUUUUAUCUUUAAAGGAAAAGUUAGCUUUGGAAGUUAAGGAAAAUUGGUUAAAUGAAUUAAUCAGUAGUGCCCUUUCUUUACAAUAAUAAGGGUUAGUGGAUCUGAUUGAUGACCUAUUUUUUAAUGCUGGACUCUUGUUUAAGUAGUACUUCAUUAUUUAAUUGAAUGUGUAAAUUUAAGAAUUCAUUAAACAUUUUUAAAGAUCUCAUUAAACUUAUUGUCUAUAGUCAUUAGAUAAACUUAUAUUUGAAAUUAAAGAUAUCAUAAGCAGGAUGUAAUUGGGAGAAAACAAAAAUUUAAUUUUGGGUUCAUUAUUGGGAUUCUAUUUCUCAAAUUUUCUAUUUCAAAGCAAGGGUUUUAAAAUAUGUUAUGAAGCACUAAACUAAGGAGUUAAUUAAUAGUGGAUUUAAAAGUUGAAAUAAGUUGAAUUAAUCCUAGAAGGUGAAGAAACUGAGUUGUAUCAAUAGUUAACAGGGAAUUCGAGCGAAUCCAUAUUUUCACCUACUAAAUUAGAGUUAUUAAUUUAAUAAUUGGAGGAUUAGUAAAAAAAGAAUUAGGAAGGAGUAGUUUAAUAAAAAGAGGAUAAAAAUCAGGAAAUAGAGAACCUCUUAAAUAAACUAAUUAAUAGAAUUAAAGAAUUUAAAAUGGAUCAAUUUUAAUUAAAAAAAACUUAAAAUAUACUCAGAAAUUUAGGGGUACAUAAAUAAAUUCUUAGAUUGAUUAAAGUCUUUAAAGAAUUUAAUCCUACAUAGUAAAUCUGCAUAAAUUUAUUGUGUUUGUUUUUAAUUAAUAAUAAAUUAAAUUGUGAACAAAUAUAAGAUGAUAUCUUCAUAAUCAUAAAACUAGGAGCAAAUAAUAUUAAGGUUUCAAAAUUAGUUGGAGUGUUUUGUUAGAGUAUGGUAGAAAAAUAAAGUUUAAUAUAAUAAUUAGUUAAAUGCAUCUUCAGCACUAUGUAUGAGUACAAAUCAAGUUGUCAAUAGUUUUAUUAUGCUAUGUUAUCCAUUUUGCAAAACAAAUAAAUUUCACCUGAGAGAUUAACUAUCAUAAAAAGAGAAAUAUUAAGUAAUUUAUUUAAAGUGCCUAACUUCAUUAAUGAACUUUAAUACUAUAAACAAUUUAAUGAAAUUAAAAAUUAAAAUGAUGAAUAAUCUUUUUAUGGAUUGGAUUAUUAAAUAUUUUCUGCCUCAAAUUCAUUAACAGCCUAAGUAAUUAAAGAUUAUCCCUUGGGGGUUUAACAGAUCCAAGGUAUUUUAUUUACUGAAUAAAUCAAUUAAAUGAUACAUAAUCCUGGAACCUCUUAUCUAAUGAAAUCAGAAUUAAUCAAAUUGGUUUACGCCACUUAAAUUCAAACAAACCAUACAUUUUCUAUGCAAGAUAUGAGAGAACUAUUAUUGCUGAUUUUAAAUGAUUUAUUGGCAUUUCCCAAAUAUCUAGAUGGGUUAGUAAAGACAUUUGAAUCAAACUCCCCUGAAGACAAGGAAAACAUGAGAUAGGAUAUAUUCCAAUUAGAAUAUAUGAAGGACAAGCUGUUUUAGGAUACAGAGGAGAAAAGAAAGAAUUUAUUAAAUUCAACUCUUGGAUUAACAAAUCAAAAUACUGCAGCUUAAUUGUAAUAAUAAUAAAUUAAUGAACAAAAGAGAAUUGUGAAUGAUUACACUGAAUAUUGGAAAUAUGUAUUAGCAAUCUCAAAUUGGUAGAAUAUCUAAUUUGGUGUAUUAACACUACUCUAGUAACUAUUCAAUGAAAUAUAAAUCAGAAAAUGGAAUAUAUCCGAAAAUUAACUCAAUUAAUAAGCUUUUCAAAGUGAGUAGAUGAAUUAGGUAGUGGAAGAUUCACUUUAUGAACCAUUGGCAUUAAUUAAGUUAAUUUUAGAAAGCAUGAGACAAACCUUGGUAAUUAUUGAAAUCUAAUUGCUAACUCCAAAAUUUAGAGUGUAUUUGGCUUAGAUUUAAUUCUUUCUAUCAAAAUGCUUAACUUAAUGUCCCUUGGAUUCUAAUCUAAAGCACUUCAAAACGAUCAAAUAUGCUCAAGAACACAAAACUUAAAGGGCAAUCAAAAUGUAAAUAAAGGAAUAUAAACAAAGAAUGAAUUCGAAAAUUUCAUAAGAAGACAUUAAAAAAAAUUUAUAUUAAUUUUAUGAGAAAUUAAGGAGAUAUAUGAUGGACAAGCAUCUUACAAUUAGUGAAAUGAUGGAUAAGAUAAGAGGUGAGUUUUCAUUUCAUUAGGAUUUGCAGAUUCAAGAAGGAGAAUACAGUGUUGAUAAUGCAGAUAAGCUAGUUAGCAGAGAUAAAUUUUGUAGUUUGUUUAACAAUAUUUUGGAUGAGCAUUUUGCUUUGUUGAUCAAAUUAAAAUAAUUAAAAGUUCUACCUGAUUUAGAUUAGUAUCUAACAUUUUAAGAUGCAGUCAUAUACUAUGAAACCCAUAUGUAAACCAAGGAGCCAUCAAAGAGUUUGCUGGAUUUAAGUAGAUAUAAUUAUUUAUUUAUUAGAUAAAUUCUAUUAAUAACUGACAAAUUAUUUUGAGAGCCAAAAGGGGAAACUCAAUAAAUAAGAUUUAAAGGAAGCCCAAAGAAAAUAAACAUUGUAAUAAACGUAUUAUCAAUAAAAGUCCAUCUUCAUUCAAUAAACAUUUAAUUAAUUUAUUUACUAAUUUGAUUUAUUGAUCAAUCCAGAUAAUGUAUAUAAUCUGUAUAGAUUGGAUAAAUUAUUAUUUGAGGACUUAUAGGAAUAAUUUCUAUUGAAACUUCAAAGUGAGGAAGAAGUCAUAUAUACAUUCUCACGAUUAUUAAAAGAAGAAGCUAACUAAGAUAAAUUUCUAGCCUUGCAUAUAUUAAAUGAAAUACUGUAAAAAGAAUAGAACAUAAUAGAGAAAGAAAAACUGAUACAUUUUGCAUUAAAAUAAAUUCCAUUUCUUAUGAUAUAUUUAGAAGAAAAUGAUAAUGAAUAUGCCUUACCUUGUAUAAAAAAAGUUUAAUUAACUUUGUCAAUAUUUGAAUAAAUAUAAAGAAUGGAUGAAGGAUAAUUGGGAAACAUGUUCUCUAAUGAAAGUUGUUUACCGUUUCAUAAAUUCAUUUCAAGAGCAUUUAAUCAAGUUGAUAGAUUAUUAAGUUUGGAGCAACAUUCAAAAUAGAUUACUAAGUCAGAUCAAAAAGGAUUUUUCAUUAGUAGAGUGGAUAUUUAAAACGAAAGAAAUUAUUUAUUAGGGCAAUUUUUUAAAAUUAUUAUUUCAAUUUUAAGAUUUAUUGGAAAAUUAAUCUUAUAUAUUGAUAGAAGUUGCUAAUUUUGUGAUCCUAAUAAUUAAUAAGCUUUAAUAGAGGAGGUAUUAUAUUUUACAUCCAAUUUUUACAAUUAUAUCAAUAGAUCAUAAUUAACACAUAUAUGUACUGAACUAGAUAUACUUACAUUAUAUUCAGAAUGUCUCAAAUGCUUAAAUAACUUUUGUGAAGGAAAUCCACAAAAUUAAUAUCUAGUUUUUAGUCAUAAACCAUUGAUUUCAAUCCUUUAAUUUAUUAUAACAACAUAGAAAUAUGAUAUUCUAGCAGAUAACUUAUAGGAUAAUACUUUUAGAGUAUUAUUUAAAUCAGCUGUUUAAUUACUCCUAUAAGUGAAAUUAGAGGUUCAUUAUAGUUAUACAGACUUGAAUUUUUAAAUGCUAUUUGAGAAACUAUUAAAGAUAUAUGAAUAAUUUGCUCCAAGACUGAAUAUCGUUAUGUAAGGAUAGAAAUGCAAUCAUGUAGACAAUAUUAAUUGCACAUACUUAAAAUGCUAAUAAAACUUCAUAGCUGUGGGAGAGAUUGAAGUAUUAGGAAUUUGUUUUGAUUUAAUUAUCUUAUUUAACAUUUUGAGUGAAAACAUUGAAAAUAUUGGAAAUUGUGAUAAGAAAAAGGACUAUUGGUAGACAUUACGGGAUAGAGUAAUUGGGGACUAACAAAAUGAAUUGUCAUUAAACUAAAAGCAAAAUUUAAAUUUUCUAAGAAUUUACAUAAGCAUGAAGAAUUUUGUGAAAUAACAGGAGUUCAAUUAAAAACGAGUUGAAUUGUUGAAGGAAUAUUUGAAUUCAAAUGAUUCUAUAAUUGCAUCUCUAGAUAUAAAGGACUUAAGGACACAACAAAAAAUAAAUGUGAAAAAGAAGUCGACUCCUUUGAAGACUCCGCCUCUGGUAAAUAAAUAGUAUACUAUGUUUGGUGAUAAUUCAAGUCCUAAAAGCAAGUUUAAAGAAAGCAUUUACAAAAUAACAAAUAAAAAAUAAUUUGUUAAGUAAUCUUUAGAUGAAGCAAUACCAUUCAAAAAGUUCGAUGAACAAGAUUAGGUUAUUGACCCUGCAGAAAAAAGGGAGAGUAAAAUUGAAUAGAAAUUAGAAGUGAUUGCAAUAAAUUGGUUAGAGGGUGCUUAAUAUAAUAAUCAAAGAGACAACAUUAAGAAAAACAUGUGUAUGAAAAUGGCUGAGGCUAUUAACUUUUUUAGUAAAUAUGUGGGAUAAAUACAAAUCAGUUAACAUGAUGAGAAUAAGUUAUUAUAUUUUAUUCUACCUUUUCAAUCAUUCUUUUUAUUACAACAAACUACCAAAAAGGCUAAGAUGUUAAGAAUGAAGAGAGGUAGGUAUGAAUAGUUAAAAACGAUGUCUGAAUACUUCUAAAAAGAGGUAGCAUUUCGUUAAAAUAUUUCGAAGUAUCCAAAAUUGAAUUGGUUUUCAAUCAACAUUCAUUUGUUGAAGAUUUUAAACUACUUGAUUGUACUUACAUUAAAUUUAUGUUAUUUGGGUGAUUUAUAACGAAAGGUCAACAGUUUCUUUUUUAAGAGUCAAACUAUUGAAAUUAUUGUUAUCGUUUUAACAAUAAUUCUGAUAUUAUCAUCUGCUUUUGUACUAAUUAUUGAUAUUAUGAAUCAAUAACCAUAUAUAGCAUUUAGAGUUGAUUACUACAAGGAUCAAAAUUAGGAAGAUGUCAAUUUAGGGUUGAAAGGGACAGAAAACCUAAACUAGAUUUAUCCGGAUCCUUAGAAACAAAAGAAAACUACUCUAAAACGUAAAAUGAAGAUGCAUCAAUAUUUAAAUUAAAACAGAAUACUAGCUUAAAUCUCAAAUGUUACUUUUCUGUAUCACUUAACUUAUUUGAUCUUAGCUGCAUUAUCUUUUCUUGCUUCCCCUUUCAUUUCAUUACUAUUAUUUGAUAUAGUAUCCAGAGUAAAUGUAAUAGAUUUAAUUAUUUAUUAUUUUAGAGUCUAAGAAAAGUAUUAUCAUCAGUACUUGUUAACUUUUGGAAGAUUCUACUCAUUCUAUAUCUGACUUUGAUUGUGAUUCAUUGUUACUCAUUUCUAGCAUUCGUAGUUUAGGAUGCUGAAGUAUUUCAUGAGGAAGAGACUGCUCGAUUUUCAUUCAUAUCUAAAUUCUGGAAGUUCUUUGGAAAUGGAUUCCGAUUACAAAAUUCCUUUAAUUCUGAAGAUGAAACUCAUGAUUGGGGUAAUUACAUAUUUGUUGUUACAUUAUUUAUGCUGAUAUUCAUAUUGUGUUUCGCCCUCAUCAUCAGCAUAAUUAGUGGGUAAUACUCUCAUAGCAACUCAUUGUCAAAAAAUUAAAAGAAUAAGUCUUGUAAAAUUUGUGGUAUAUCCUAUGAUUAAUGCAGAGAAUAGUAAUCAAUUUGCUUAAUUUUAGAAAUAUCAGUUGGCAGGAGCAUAUUGAAAAAGAACAUAAAUUAUCUUCUUAUUUGUUUUUCUUGAUUUGUUUACAAUAGAAGAGGGAAUUAAAUUAUUUGGAGAGAGAAAUUGCUAAAAAAAUCCAACAUAAAGAUAUGUCUUGGUUACCAAAAAAAUGA